GGGAGGAGACAGGCCCGGCUGGACAGUUGCUGAAAGAAAAAGCUGAUCUUUGUGUGCAGUGCUGCUGUGAAUACUGGUGCUGACUGUAAACCGUCUUAACGCCACCCAGAUAAAGCAAGCUUACGUUUAAACGGGAGGCUGUUUACAAGAACAGUGAUCUGGAUUAUUUGUGCAUAGUCUAAGAAGCACAGUCAGUAGGAGGGUUGGUCAGCUAGUAAAAGAAAUCAACCCUGCACAGCUUGCACCGUAUUUCUCUGACUACGAACUUCGUGGACUUGGCAGAUCUGACUACUCGUUGCCAGCGCAAAUCCUGAAGUAUUUUAAGCCCUAUUGCACGGCGUGCUAGGCUUCGUUCGUGGAAAAGCGGUGGUGGAGAAGAGACUCAGGGAAUGCUUUGCAUCAAAACAGCAUCUCUUGCAGUGGGCGGUGGAAGUAAGGCAAAGUCGGGGUGGAUUUGAAUAGUACGGGUACCAUUUCAGAACUUUGGCUUUACUCUAGCAGCACAACGGCUAACUGAAAGUAAUCGAAAAUAUCCAGCCUGGCAUAGAUUAUACUGGAUAUAAUUUACCUUGACUGUCCUUUUCUAGCGGAGAGGGAAGGGCUGCUACUAAAGUGUGUUUUACAAUUGCAAACAGUGGUGGAAUUUGUCUUAUACGUUACCUAGUGUGAGGCGUUGAUAGCUCUUCAGAGUUGCAAAAUUGGUAAAUUGACAGAUGACCCAUUCUGCUUAGUGAGGGAUCGAGACAGCAUUCCAAAGUUGUCUGGAAAGUGAAGCAGCCUGUGACUAACGACCUGCCUAACUGGAAACGUACUGCCAAGCUAUCACUGUUUUUAUCUACAUUUGUCAUAUUUAUUUUUGUUUUCUUCACGUUGUUUUCUGGUGGAUUCCUGAUUUUGCUUUUUCAGUUUGUAUAUAUGCAUUAGUGUUUUUGGAUGGUGAUAAAAGUGAAUAGCAAGUAGAAGGCCCGUUAAGAACCAGGAUAACCGUAAUUGUAGAAAUCACGCCUAUGCUUCUGUGACUCACGUGGGAUUAUUUCGUUUCCAGUGGAUAGAUAUUAGGAUGUUCAUUUCCAAUGUAGAGGCUACAUUUGGAAGUUAGUGAUAUGUCCAAGAAUUUGCAGAUUUCCGUGACCUACGCGUUGUGGUGUGGAUUUUGUUAAGUUCGAUGGGUCUGCAUUUUCCGCCAGGACAAAUCUUCUUUAAAGUUUUCUAGUAACAUUGUGCAACUGCCGAAAAAGUUAAAAGGAAGUCAAGUGAUGCUGCGUUAUUUAUAUUUAAUGCAGAGGAAUAGAGGUCGUAAUUAGACACACAAAUAUUAUUGAUUGUCUCUUAACGGUGAAGAACAGAGUUUUCCAAGAUGCGAAACAUUUGGAAGUAUUACUGGGGACUUUUGUUUGCCAUGUGUAGAACACUGAUGCCUUUAGCUAAAACAUUAGAAGCUGUGUCUUGGAAUUCCUUCAAUCAAAGAUUUGUGCCAGGAAAAGGUCUGGUGAUUUAUCCAUCAAUAGGAGAUAAACUUGACAUAAUCUGUCCACAAGCAAUGCCUUCACAGCCAUAUGAAUAUUACAAGCUUUACAUGGUUACACGAGAACAGGCAGAGUCCUGUCGCACCAUCAUGGACCCAAACGUGCUGGUCACGUGCAAUAAACCAGAAAAGGAAAUCAAGUUCACUAUUAAGUUUCAGGAGUUCAGUCCAAAUUAUAUGGGCCUUGAAUUUAGAAGGAAUCAAGAUUACUUUAUCACAUCUACAUCCAAUGGAACCUUGGAAGGACUGGAGAACAGAGAAGGGGGUGUUUGUAGGACCCAUUGGAUGAAGAUAAUUAUGAAAGUUGGCCAAGAUCCAAAUGCUGUGGAACCUGAACCCAUGACCACAGGACGACCAAGCAAGGACUGGGACAAUACCGUGAAGGCAAUCACAUCAAGUUCAGCUCAGAAUAAGAAAUCAUUGGUGGACAUCUCAGGCACUAGUCAUGACAAUGGACAGGGGAGUAACACAUUGGAUAGCAUCUUUGGAUCCAAGUUGGCGCUGUUUGCUGCAAUUGGGGCAGGUUGCAUUAUCUUCAUCCUUAUCAUCAUUUUCCUUAUCGUACUUCUGAUAAAGAUCCGAAAGCGACACAGAAAACACACCCAGCAAAGGGCUACUGCUCUGUCCAGGAGCACUUUGGCUAGCCCCAAAUGCACUGGAAAUGCUGGCACAGAGCCCAGUGAUAUCAUUAUCCCUUUGCGGACUACAGAAAACAACUACUGUCCUCACUAUGAGAAGGUGAGUGGUGACUAUGGACACCCGGUGUACAUCGUGCAGGAGAUGCCUCCUCAGAGUCCAGCCAAUAUCUACUACAAAGUGUGAAGUGGACUUGAGGAUGACUAUCAGCAGUGCAAACAUAGGUCUCUAGCCUACAUGCUUUUAAUCAAACAUUUCAAUUAUGGUAAACUCCUUGCAUAGUUAUGGGAGAUCAUUUACAGUGAAGAAGAAGCACAAAAUGAGGCUAGACUGCAACACGGAUGUCAGAGAUGGACUUUGCCUUAUGUUCUAGUUUUUAAGUUGACAGUGGGCCAUACAUAAGGAUGAGUUUGUCUCCUUUUCCCUCUUAGCUUCUUUAUCUGUUUUUGGACUUACAGCAGAUGAAGACAGCCUUGAACUAAAAAUCCUGAUUACUGCUUUUGUCUGAAAUGUGAUUGAGCACUAGAAGAUGGGAAAAGCAGGCUACUGCACAUUAACUUUGGCUUCAUUUUAUUUUAGAUUGUACCCAAAAGAAGAACAAGUCUGUGGGUACUACUGUAGGCAUUUUGCAAUGGACACACAAGAUUAACAAGUGAAGGUUCACUGUCCUGUACCGCCUUAGUAACAUUUUUUUCUCUGCAAUGAGUACUUUUUUAAUAUUAGCUUUCCACAGUUUUCUGGCUAUGUUGUCCUAGUCUAUAACCUGAAAUCUGUUCAUAGCUGUAACAUUAACAUGCCAGUGCAAUAGUCUAUGUCAUUCUGCUCAAAGCAUACCACUUUCCCUGUAUCCCAUGCACACAAAGAAAAGCUUGGGUUAGGAAACACUUUUGCAGGUCCUCUCACACCUGCAGACAGGUUCUAGUUUAUUAAGGAAGAAUGCUCAAGACCAGUGGAAGCAAAUGUAUGAGCAUGUACUUAGUAAGUGUACAUACAUGUUUGCAGGGUGGGAAUUCACUAAGUGCACCUAACUCCUUUUCUGUAGUAGACAGCAGCUGUGACUCCACAUUGUCCAAAAAAGAAUGAAAUGUUAAAGUAGGAAACCCAUAAAACACAGUCACCUGUAUGCUGCAGUCACAUGAUAUGUAUUUCUAAGAAGGAACCCAGUAAAGAAGGAAACAGUGAAAACUGAGAUUUGCACAUGGUCUCUGUAUUCUUACUCGGAACACAUUUGUUUAUUUAUGAACUGUAACACAACGUGACAGCACUGAUUAAGGUUAUACAGUGAAAGAACCUUAUCAAACUAAGGGACAAAUUGCAGUACCAAAAUCAUCUUAAAAGGAGAGGCUAACACAUUAGGUAUACAAUUAUACAUUUUUCCUACUCUGGUUACUGAUAUAUGGGAUUUUAUAUAAAAAUGUGCAGAGGUUUUUUUUUUUUUUUUCUUCAAAAUUCAGUUCUAACCAAGUUUUUGUGCGAUGGAAAAACAAUUUUCUUAUCUGAGCAUUUCCAGUCUUUUGGUCUGUGUCUUUGGUGUACCUUAACCUUCUGUGUCCUUGGUUCGUUGGUGUUGUUGAUCUGCUGGAUGUUAGCUUCUUUACCGGUUUAGGAGUUUAGUGGUUUAGAAGAAUCUCAGUCAAAUCAUCAUGUGGUACAGAUGCUCAAAAAAGGAAAUCUCAAAGUCUUGAUUGUAGUUCUUGAUGUUCGUUAUUUCUGGCAGAUGAUUGCUGCUCAAAACUUACUUAAGUUUUUGUGUGAUGGAAAUAUUACACAUGGAGUAAUUAAUUUAAUGGAUGCUGCAUGUGCUGGCCUGCUCUGGUUUAUGUAGCUUAGUUUAGAAAAUCAACAAGUUCGAAACAAUAGGGGGGAUCAUGGUAUAUGGGUGGAACUAUCUGAAGAGAUGGGCAUGGGAACAGUUUUAAGUCCAUACAUCAAUGAGACAGACAGGGUGAAAGUAGUUAUCAGAACAGAGUUUAGACCAUCAUGUGUUUUUUUUUCUAAAAAAACAGCUUAAGAAUGCUACUGAUACGUCUAUGAUACUUAUUUAUUAAGAAUGAGAGAAAGUAGGAAUUACAUUUAAAACAGAUAUGUCGUAAUGUUAUUCUGGUUAAUGUGAUCAUCAGUGACUUAACAAGCUAGGCUCAUUUGACUGCACGAUAAUGUGUGGUACAUUGGCUCUAUUCAUCACAAGUGUACCUCCUCCCUUCACAGCAGGCUAUACAUGGGUGGCAAAUGGAAGAGCUCCCAGAGUCAGCAAUGAAGUUUUCAAAGCAGUUCAGACUGUGUGAGAAAAUGCCGUAUGUGAUCCAUACAGCUUUGCAGGCUAAAUGGCUACAUUAAACUUAAUUUUGAUGGUCAGUUGUAAAUUAAUUGGUCUCUUCUUGUAUUGUAAGAUAUUUGUUUCUAGAACAUUUGGUACAGCUAUCACUUGCAUCUAAUUAAAAAAAAAAAAAAACAGCUACAUUCAGCUUCUGCCUCUUCACAUUUCUUCCUUUUCCUCCCAAACCAUGAAAAUGUGGCAGUGUUGCACAGUGACUGUACUGCAGGGAUCAUGACUGUUGCUGAGUUGCCUCAGCUUAGAUUUGCAUGGGAAUUUUGAAAGGAGGAGAACACUGGAAGUGGAAAGGAAGCUAGGAGAAAAUCAGCAUAACAUUUAAGAAAAUAAGAAAGCAAAAUAUUGACAUGGUUUGUCUACAAGGUUAUAGAACAAAAACAAUCUUCAAGAGGAGGAAAUAAAUGUAAAAAAAAAUUAUUGCAUACAGAUAUGCCCUGCAACUUUUAAGGGGUCAUAAUACUAAAACUAUUUAAAAAUGAAAAAAUAUAUAUAUAUGUAUUUUCCUAAGCCUUUUUAUAUUUUAUAAUAAUUCUAAAUAUAAGCCAUAACUAUAUAUUUAUAUCACAUUACAGUAAGUAUGCCACUUGUCUUUUUGCUUGUAAUGGACCCCUGCCAUCACUGCUAACGCGCUGAUAAAGGAUGAUUUUACAAGCAUUACAAGCUCUAAUUUCCGGACCUUGAAUCGAUUAGCAGACCUUAAAAAUUGAUUUUUUUUGUUUGUGCAUAUGAAGUAAAGAAAAAAUCCAGCUGUUCUGGAAGGCUGUUAGGUUGUAACUUAAUUUGUGACAUUCAGACCUUUCUUGUAGGCAAGCUAAAAUGCCUUAAUAAGUACAGCCAUUUGAACACUCAUUAGAAAUGGUCAGCAUUAGAAAAAGGCAUGUGUAAAGAUUAGAUUCAAGAAUAAUUGUAAUUAAACUUCCUGAACUGGAAUAAAGAAGGAGAAGCACCAUUCUAGUUUUUGUAAGACCUUUUUGCUUAAAUAUUUGUUAUUUUUAGGUUUGCACUGUUCAUGUACAGCUUCGCCUGUAUAGAUGUCGCUUUGAAUAUUUUGAUUACAAGGAUGUACCAAGUAUAGUGGAGCCAACAUUUUUACACACUGUGGCAUAAUACAGCUAUCAUUUUGAUCUUAUCAUUCUCAUAUAAAGUAAAAACUAAUAACAUUCAGAAUAAUUAUCUGAACCAUGUCAUUACUGUCAGACCAUAAGCCCUGAAGUUGUGCAAAAGUAAAUAAAUAAACAAACAAAGGGGGGGGGGGGUAUUACUGGAGAAAUUCUCCCAAGUUGAAACAAAAAUUGACUUCAAACCAGAAAGCACAACUGGAGCAAUAGAAUCUUAAGUAAUUAUCUACAUUAUUAUACCUUUUCACAUUUGUUAGUAUUUUGCUAAAAAGAGUUUUUUUUCUUUACAGAACUAAGGCUAGAAUGUGGUUUAGGGGAUCAGAAUUUUUUUACUUGUGAAACGAUGCUCUUACCUUUUAAAAUAUCAUUAUGCCAAGUUUUUGCUUAUAAGUAGUCAUGAGGGGUACUGACCAGGGGACAUCCUACUGUAAGUGUCUCAUUUCAUUGUAGGACUGCACAUUUUUUCAGACAUUGUCACUGCUGAUGCAUUUGUUGCUGUUUCAAGAGUUUAAUCAAGCAGAGCUAGCCAAAUGGAUAACUUAUAUGUGUCCUAGAAAUUUUUGAUGCUGUUCCCAUUAGACAUUUAUCAUUAAACAUAAAAAUGUGACAUUUAUAGCUUACAGAAAAGGGUUAAACCCAGCAUUAACAAGGUAACAGUGCACACCAAAUGAUAACAUGUAGAGUCAGUGCUAAAAACGGCAUUAUUUCUGAACCAAGAAGUAGCAUAAUGCAUGUGUAAAACAGCUCUCUGGUUUUGUUUAUUGCUUCAUGUUUUCUUCCAAGUUCCCUGCUGGAUCAUUCUGUACAGUCUUGUGAGGAGCCCAUGCUGCCACACAGUACUUACUUCGUUCUUUUUGAAGUGCUGCUUGCUUAUGCAAUAUCUCUGCUCUCCACCGAGUGCUAAAGCACUUGCUAGUUUAAAAUGGCAGAAGUAAGUUCUGUUCAGAUCCUUGUCAGAAUUGUUGCUUAGUAAAGAGAAAAGACUAGUAAAGAUUAGUAAAGACUAGGCUGUGAACCCUGGAAGUGAGCAAAAUUAUGAUUUAUGUGCCUACAAACAAGAAGCAGGUCAUCCCACAUCUCAGGUUUAUAUUGAUACACACACACACACACACACACACACACACACACACACACACACACAGUAUUUCUUGUUUUCUUCUCACCAGAGAAGAAAACAAGAGUUCUUAUCAGUUUUGUCACUUUGUUCCAUAUAGAGGGAUGCAGCUCUACCUGUCCAUCUCUUAAUAACUUCCUUACAUGGUACACAACCAGUUUACUGGGUUUUAACUGCUGGAACAUAAAUGACUGAAUUUACUUUUUUCCAUAGCUCAUUUCAUGGGCAAUAUGGCCUUUACUGGGAAGAUUCUCCAUUCUCCACUGAUGUGGGUGAGUUGGAAGCUGCCCCCCCAUCCCACCCAGGUCCUGACAGAAGCACUUAUUUCCAUCUUUACAGUUCAUAUUAAGAUAACAUAAUUUCUCAAUCAGUUGUGCCUCUGAACACAAAUUUCAAAUGAUUGUGUGUAAGUCAUUUAUACAGAAAGCUGCCUUAGCUGUAGUCUUACAAAAAAAACCCACAAUGUUAGCACUAGAUCUGGGACAUAUAAAUAUAGAUCUGGGACAUUUUUUAAAACAAAAUCAUUAAAUGCAACAUCAUCUAGUUCAAAUAAUGCAAAAUUAAAAAAAAAGAUCUAAAGACCAUUUCACUGACAGACACUGUCAUUAAAAUGCAUGAAAUAUAACAGUAUACUGAAUUUUCAACAGUAUUUCUUAAGAGGCAAACCCACAAGCAUUCUAUACACAGAAGACAAUGCCCCCCAAACACCUUGUAACUCCAAUUCAAGCCAUAAACGUAAUGUAAACCCCAAUGGUAAACUUAAACCUAACCUUAAUUGUAAUGGGAAAAACAAAAUAAAAACAGUCUUAAACUCAUCCUGUAUUCUAAUGCUACCCCUCAAGUUAUGGGCUUGCAUAAAUACUACAGUAGCCACAUUGUAUAUUUCUUUCAUAUUUGACAUGCAUACAAAUCAAAUUUGACCAAAAUUAUUCAGCCAGACUGCUCUAAGUUCCAUAGCAAACCUUUUUCUGCAAAAAGAACAUUAUUUCAAGUACAUUUUGUGGUUUGCCAUCUGCAGUGUUGUUUGCACUGAUGUUUACUUUGGAUUUUUAUUUUCAUUUUAUUCUUUAUUAAGGUAGUUCCUUUCCUAUAGCAUGAGUAAAGUACGAUAUGUGGAGAACUUCAGUCAAAUGCAGUUACAGAUGUUAGGCACCUUACCCAAACAAAGCAACGUAGACCGGGUUUUGAUAACACCUUGACUUGUCUUUCUCAGGUUUGUACUUCUGUCAGUAAGUCCAUGUGUCAGGUGACAAAAUCAUAAGGUUCCUUUGAUUUCAUAAUAGCUCCCCGUGUCUGUUCAAUGUGAAAUGAAGGGAUUUUGAGAAAACUAAUAUGCUAAAAUGAUUUUGCAGGUAUGAUAUAACGUAAAAAGUACAUAACUAAAAGAAUGGCAGAAGAUUGUUUGGUUGACCAUAGAAGCCAGCUUAUCAGGAAAUGGCUGCAUGUGAUGGAUGCAGGAAACAUUUUAACAAGAUAACUUAAUUUCAUGUUUUCAAAUCUGAAGUAGACGGCCUUGGUAUGUCACCAUGUGUGGUAGAGGAAAACUUCGAACUGAAGAGAAAAAAGGGAAACUAGGCUUUAGUGCAUGUGCCUUUGUACCCUAGUACAGACCCACAGAGACACACACACACUAUGGAUUAAGUACACUGACAAACUAUGCAUUUUAUUCAGUUGUAUAACUGUCACAUGUAUUUUAUUAGCUUGUAACUAGUUGCUGAAAUUUAGUGCUUGGCUAAUAAUGUAUAGCUUCAGUUAGGCGACUGUAUGGUUGGACAAGGCUAGCAUUUUCAAAGCCUUAAUAAUAUUCCACUUGACUUUUCCAAUUUCUUAGUUAAAACAUUUGGUUUUAUCUUUUCAAAUAACACUUGCUUGCACCACUGAUUUAUCAUAUUAGUGUAUGAUUGUUUUAAUGAAUAAAAUGUUUGAUUUUUUUAAUCCUGUGCUGUAAACUGAUUUUGCUAUAGAGCAGACGUAAACUAAUGUAAAUAUGUGAACAAAAGAUGAAAAAUAUAAGAUUAAAUUUAUUAGUACCCUUCUUGCACCAUUUAUAAGAAAUAUCCAAAUAGAAUGUUACUUGAUUUGAUAUUUGAUAUUUUUUGUAAAUAUUAGUCUUUUUGACAAAAUCUUGAUGUUUUAUAUAAAAAAGAAAAAAAUAAGAAAGAAAUGACAGAAAAAAGUUUGGAAAUAUUUUCUGAUCGUUUUUCUUAGUAAAACAUAAAUGAAAAAUAUGGCUCAAGCUGGAAUGGUUGUUAAGUUUUGUCAUUGCAUUUCAUGUAGAUUGCCAGUGGGAAUGUCAGACUACAACAUAACUUAACUUCUCUCUCUAUGCAGUCAUGUAUAUAGUGCUUUCAGUAAUGUAUGACAAUGUUUUUUGCUGAACAGGCUUUUCUGCCCAAUGAGGCCAAGCAGUAUGCAAUUCUCAUUGUCAUUUCUUAGCCAGCAUUUCAGUAGUAAUUUCCACGGUGGUGUCCCACAAUGUCAGCUGUGUAAAAGUUCAGGAUUAAUUUACUACCCAAAGGAAAUAUACCUAAAGCACAUAAUGUAUCAGUUCCCAAAUACAUUAGAUAGUGUCUGCAUUUUUCAGUAGAUCUUUUGAAGACAUCAAUUCAUUGUUCAUUGUUCUAGCAUUAGUUUUUUUUUUUUCAUCCUUCUAGCAAACCCACUCUUGGUUUCUACUUUUCACACUGCUGGCAAAUAUCUUUGCAGCUUAAUGGUUUGGAUCACAUCAAAGCACUUAAGUACAGUCAAAGUGCAUCUGUAUUUAUUUGUAAACUGUGGUGCUGACAGCUCUUAGGAAUUUUUUUUUAUCUAUCCUUAAUCAGGAGAGCAGCAUAGACACUUGAAUGAUGUAGGUAACUUUUGAAAGGUAUUGUGAGGAUAUUGUAGCCUGAAUGUUUUCUCCAAAAUGCAUGACUCAAUAUACUUUACUUGAUGUGCUGAAAACAAGUGAAGGAGAUAUGACAGUAAAAAUACCAAAAUAUGUUCAUAUAGGUAAAUUAACAAAUAAAUGAUUAGCAUAUUCUGCAUAGGAUUUAACAAGUCAAUUUAACACAGUUCUUACUUAAUAAAACCAUAGAUUUCAUAACCGCUGAGGCCAUAGCUGCCUUAAGUAACUGUUAGCAUUACUUUCUUGCCUUGUGUUUGAAAUAUUUUAUUUGUGCCUGUUGGGCUUUAAAGUAAUUUGCUGAAUGAGUCAACUUAUUGUUAUUAUUAUUAUGGCCUGCUGCCACACGGAUCAAGUAACAGCUUCACCUAAAACUGCAGGUGCCAGCAGUGAGAGUAAAACUUCAUGUAUUUUUUAGCAUUUCAUGCUAUGAAGACUGUUUGAACACACACAAGAGUGGUUGCAAACACUGAAACACUCAUUUAAUUCAUACUACAGUAGACCAUGGCAUUGCCCUGGUGUAGCUUUAUGUGGAAGUGGUACAGAGUUUUGAAGUUUAAGUCACAUGUGCUGUUGUUCACACUAACAUUUACUUUAGAUUUUACUUUUAAUUAUGUUAGUUCCUUCGUGUGGCACAGAUAAUAGGCCAUUAAAUGGUCAUGUGUGGAGAACCUCACUUAGUGAAUAAAAGUAAUGUGCUUAUUGCAACUUGAAGCAUACUGUCAUUUAAACUCUUAAACCCCCUUCCCUAGAUUCAUUCAUAAGGUCACUUUUCUUGUACUGAAAUGCCUGCUAUCCUAUCAGCAGUAGAUAGUGGAGAAUAGACAUUUAUCUUCCAUAUCACAUUUUCAGUUUUUAUCUGAGGGAGUUGCAAGCUUUUCAUUUUUUUUUUCUGGGGGAAUGGAUGCUGCUUAUGUAGUAGUAUUAUUACAUCACAUCCAACCAGCUGCACCUCUCAGGCAUAAUGUUUUUAUUUAAAGGUUAGGACAUAGUUUUUUCAUUGUGGUAAUCAUAAGACUCUAGGAUAAAAGUUGAGAGAGUGCAAACUAAAUUCUAAACUGAUCUUAGUAGAUUGGUCAUUUAAAAAAAAUAGAUCACAAACACUCAUUGGUAAAAUGCAAGUGUGAAGGACUGAAAUUCAGAAGACUGACUAAUAAGCAGUUGUUAGCAAAGACGAAAUUUGAUAAACAUAGUAACUAUCCCAGUUUCUGAAGCAAGCGCCACAUUUUGCACCAAGUAAUAACGAGUGAGAUUUAUACUGAGUUGAUUAGAGAUAGAAACAACAUAGCUGCAUCUCCCACUCUUUAGCUAAAAUGUAAACAGAUUCUGUGUUUGUGUAUGCCGUCAUCAUUUCCAUUUUCCCUAUUUUUACCCUGAUCUCAUGCAAAAAUGAGGAAAAGGGGUUUGGUAGUGAUAGCAUACGUAAGCACAGAAUAAGGCAUGCAGCAAGUGUAACACUAAGUGUUCUGCACUGCAGAAGUAUGAUGUUAAUAUUUUAUAGAGCCUCAAUUUUCAGUUGUAGAACAUGAACAAGAUGCAUGAAAUGUGUUUUUUCAGCAGAAAUAAGGAGGGAUUAUAGUGCAAAACAAAAGUCAGUGUUGAGCACUAUUUGGUUUGGGAGAAAGGGACUCAUAUUUUGCUGUUUUUUUUUUGUUUUUUUUUUAAGCAAAUAAUUACUAAAGUCUGCCCUUGGAAGCUAAUAAGUAGCGGUCCUUCCUGUGCAUUCAGAGCCAUAAGUUACCUGUAGGUUUUCUGAGCUAAAGCAGAAAGCAUGAAAAGCAAAGGUGGUAGAUGUCUGUAUUUGAUACGAAUGACAAGUGGAUCAUUAACAUUUGUCUGCCAGUGGAAUUAUUCAUACAGCAACUGCCUUAACAUCUUACUUCAUAUGCAGCUGACAUCAUUGAUAACAUCACUGUUCAUGCAACCAUUAUUGACAACACUGUCAUGCAGAGUAAGUACAUCACAAAUUAUACCAUUACAUGUGCAACAAUUACAGGUGCCUUUAAAGUUGAUGCAGACACCCCCCCCCCCCACACACACACACGCUCACACUAGUAAAAAUGCAGAAAAGAGAGAUAGAGAGAGCGCACUCUGGAGUGCACUGGUUCCACAACAACAAAACAGAACCAAAGGAUGUUAAAAGGAAAAUGAUGACAAACUAUUAUAUGAAAAGAAAAAUAAGACUUGUGUUAAAAUAUGUGAAUAUAAUGUAACAUAUGAAAACUGGUUUAAAAAGUGAAUAGAACUAAUGAGGAAUUGGUCUGGUCAGUAAAUAUACCACCUUGUACUUAUGUACAGUCUGGAACUUAUGUAGAGUCUGGAAAAGCUUUCUGAACUAAGUAGUUGAAGUCUGGAAAAAGUGGUCUGACAGUUUUCUGUUUCAUGACAACAGAAGAAACGGGAAAUUUCUGUUCCUUCUGCUUAAAAUCUUGUUUCAGAUAAAAUGUUGCAACUCAUUCAUGUCUAUCAUUUGUGAUACCUAGUAAGCCUUCUGUUCUAUUGGGAGCAACAGCAUGGGGAGAGUAUUUCAGCAAUACACCAUUCGUUGGUCUUUCCCCUGGCACAAACUUACAUUUCACAUGUUCAUGUUUUGGGUUUUAGACUGAUAACAGAGUGUUGUUUUGAAAUGUUACAUGUAGUCACACAGCAGAAAAAUUGCACAUGUGCCAGAAAAAAAGUUUUUCUUUUGGUUUGCCUUUCACACUGCAGCUUGUACCCAGUAGCAUAUCAUAAGUAAUCAAUCAAAUGGAUGUUGAAUUCCAUGAAGCCAUGUUUGAAACCUGACAUUGCAUAUUGUUAAAUAAAAACAGCUUUUUCCUAUGGAAAA